AAUUUAUCGUUCAUUAUCCUUGCAAUUGUUUAAAGAGCGAUGAUUUUAAUAGAAAGUUAACAAUAAUCAUACCAUCUCGGCAGACAUGCAUUGUCUGAAUAUUUGCUUCGAUUUACUUGCUUUUACGUUGAUUUUCAAAACCAGCCAUGUGGCUGCAGUUUUUGGUGUUGGAACGGGUAUUUUAUUCGAUCCACCGGAUAGUGCAAACCUGCGAACUACAGGAAUUAGUUCAGACCUAUACUUUGAGCAGAGAAUCGAUCACUUCAAUCCGACGGAUUCCAGAACAUACCAACAGAGAUAUCAUUUGACUGAGAAUUAUUACAAUGAGUCCUCAACAAACCACGUAUUUCUUAUGCUUGGCGGAGAAUGGGAAGCCACUUCAAGAUGGCUUACUUAUGGGACAUGGAUCGAAACUGCAAAACAUUAUGGAGCACUCCUGAUGUACUUGGAACAUCGGUACUAUGGCCAGAGUCAACCAUUUAGUGACUUAUCCACUGAAAACAUGCAAUAUCUAUCCAGUCAUCAAGCAUUGGCAGAUGCAGCAGCGUUUAUUGAAGGAAUGAACGAUCAGUAUAACUUGACUGAUGCGAAUUGGAUAGUCUUUGGUGCUUCUUAUGCUGGUACUUUAGCUGCGUGGCUAAGACAUAAGUACCCUCAUUUGGUGGCGGGAGCAAUGUCUUCAAGUGCACCGCUGAACGCAAUUUUAGACUUUAAUGAAUAUUUGGAAGUGGUUGCAAAUGGUUUGGGCACUCAUAGUCAAACUUGCAUUGAUAAUGUAAAAGAAGCGUACGAUCAACUGGAAGAAUUGGUUACUGGAUGUCUCGAAGAUGAAGAUGCCUAUAAUGAAUUGGACGAAAUGUUUAAGCUAUGUGAUUCGAUUCAGGCAAGCGAGGGAAACGACAAAGAUUUAACUACGCUUUUCCAAAUUCUCACUGAUAGUAUAUUUGCUCAUGUGGUCCAAUAUCAUCGCAGACCGAGUGCGACUAUUUCAAUAAACACGAUAUGUGAGAUUAUGGUUAAUGAUACUGCAGGUGCAACAAAAUUGAAAAGACUGGCAGAAGUUAACGCUCUUCUCCUGGAAAACGCAGGUAGUAACUGUAGAGAUUUUAAAUAUGCGAAUUUGGUGGCAGGGUGGAGUAAUACUACAAUAGUGGCCAGUUCAAUGAUGCGUCAAUGGGUGUAUCAAACUUGCACGGAAUUCGGAUUUUUCCAGACUUCGACCCAAGAUAAUCCCAUUUUCGGAACUCGCUUUAAUAUUACUUAUUUCACUGAUCUUUGUAUUGAUCUCUUUGGAGAAGAGUUUAAUGAAACGUUAUCCAGUAUAGGAAUCCAAACCACCAAUACCCGAUACGGUGCUGCUAAUAUUGCAACAAGUAAAAUAGUAUAUUUCCAUGGAAGCAUUGAUCCUUGGCAUGUUUUGGGGAAACUAAGCACGACUGACGACGUAGGAGAUAAAGUUAUUAUAGUUGAAGGUGUGGCGCAUUGUGCCAAUAUGAUAGAUGCAGACGAAAGUGAUCCUGAGGAGUUGAAUGUGGCCAGAGCUGAAAUAAGAAAUUUAAUUGGGCAAUGGCUCGGAGUCGUUGAUGCAUCUGGAGGCAAUUCUGUUCAGAAUGGUUACAUAUUGCAAGUAUUAAUCCUAAUGCUAGUUAUUAAAUCUUUUAUUUGAAA